UCCUGGGCAUUAAAGUGUAUUCCUCUGGUUGUCUGGCUUCCAUUUCCAGCGCUGGCGAAUAGCAAAAUCGGUAACGAUCAAGCCCUUCACCUCUCUUCUGCUGUAAACCCUUACUCUAUUUCUCUCUAGAAAGGGAGUGAGGAGCGGAGCGGAGCUCAUCGGUUCUCCAGAGUAACUUUUCUGUCUAGAUGAAUGCUUGGAGUCUCAGGAUGAGUGGUAAUUGAGGCAACAAGGCGGUUUGCAUAAGCAUCUUAGUCUUCAAGAGGGAGAGGGAGUGGGAGCAAGCAAGAUGGCGCAAAUAUCGUACCAACGAUUCCCCAAGGUGAAGAUAAGGGAGAUGAAGGAUGACUACCUUAAGUUUGAGCUUCGCGAGACAGAUGCUAGCAUGGCAAAUGCCCUUCGCCGUGUGAUGCUAGCAGAGGUCCCCACAAUUGCAAUUGACCUGGUUGAGAUUGAGAUGAAUUCAUCAGUGCUCAAUGAUGAGUUCAUUGCCCACCGACUUGGUCUCAUCCCUCUGACUAGUAGCCGUGCUAUGGGCAUGCGGUUCUCCCGAGACUGUGAUUCCUGUGAUGGUGAUGGCCAAUGUGAGUUCUGCUCUGUUGAGUUCCACCUCCAUGUUCGCUGUGAUUCAGACCAGACCCUUGAUGUCACCAGCCAUGACCUUGUCAGUUCUGAUCCCUCUGUUGUGCCUGUUGAUGUUGUGGAGCGCUCCGAUUCUUCUGAUCAGAGGGGAAUAACAAUUGUGAAGUUACGUCAAGGACAAGAACUAAGAUUGAGAGCAAUAGCCCGGAAAGGAAUUGGAAAAGACCACGCAAAAUGGUCACCUGCUGCAACAGUUACUUUUAUGUAUGAACCAGAUAUUCAUAUCAAUGAAGAUUUGAUGGAAACAUUGACACUUGAUGAGAAAAGAGAGUGGAUUGAAAGUAGCCCUACAAAAGUUUUUGGCCUUGAUCCUGAUACCCAACAGGUGGUUGUGAUUGACCCUGAGGCAUACGCGUACGAUGAUGAAGUGAUCAAGAAGGCAGAAGCCAUGGGGAAGCCCGGGAUGAUAGAAAUUUAUGCAAAAGAAGACAGUUUCCUUUUUACAGUUGAAUCUACUGGUGCCAUCAAAGCUUCUCAGUUGUUUAUCAAUGCAAUAGAAGUUUUUAAGCAAAAGUUGGAUGCGGCUCGCUUGUCGGGGGACACUGAAGAAGCUGAUGACCAGUUUGGUGAAUUGGGUGCGCACAUGAGAGGGGGAUGAUCACUUUGUGAGCUGGGUUUUGUUCAUAUGAGGAAGCAUGAUGAUUAUCUGAUGCAUAUGAGGGAAUGUGGUUACACUUGUUAUGACUUCCUACCUUGGUUUUUUGCUUUUUUUGAUAGAUGACUUCCUACCCUGUGGACAAUGAUGUAGGAACCAAAGAAUGAAGUAACUGAACACAAUGCACAAAAUAUGAACACUUAGCUAUGUUUUGUGUCA